GCCCACCCACACAUGCCAUUCUGGUCACGCCUCUGUGGAAGAGACAAAAUGACACAUCACCCACCCAUCUCAGACGAAGACCUUGUCAUACUGAAAACCAGCACAGCCCUACAGCCAAGCAACCCAGAAAGUUUAUUGCAGAAGGUGUGGUUUGAUAUUCAGCUACAUUUCGGGCAAAGAGGCUGUGAGGGCAAAAGGCAGCUGAAGCCGGACUCAUUCACGCUGGCAAGAGACGAAAACGGCCGUCAGUACUAUACCAUGACCUUUAAUGAAGAAACGAAAAAAAACAAAAAUCCGAUGGAGAAGACCAGAGAGAACAACAGAGGAGCUAUGUAUGAGGAGCCCGGUAAUCCCCUCUGCCCAGUGGCCUCCCUCACGAAAUACCUGCAGAAGAUCCCGGCAGAUGGGAAAGCGCUUUACCUUAAUCCUAGGCAGCAUGUAUCUCCCACAGAUGAUGUUUGGUACACCACUGUCCCAGUUAAGAAAAAUCAACUGAGCCAGAUGCUCCCACGUUUGAGUUUGGAGGCCGGCACAAAGGUGCAAUACACCAUCCACAACUUAAGAGCCACGGCCAUCCAGAAGUUGUCAGAGGCGCGGACCCCAUCCCCUGCUGAUAGUGAGGUUGUCACCACUGAUUCAGACUCUGGGCAUGACACAGAAUCAACAAGCAGUAGCACAAACCUGGAUAGCAACUCAAGCGGGCGUGGUUCAGAGGGCAGUCCAACAGAGGACACUAACUUGGUGUAAAUUUCAAGACAUCAUGAGUUCUUAGGAGGAUGAGUGAUGCCUGGACAACUAGUGACAAUGGAUGCACUACACUCACUACAUGCACCUCUUAUUGCCAAUUUUG